AAGGAGAGACAUCUAGUUGAAAGCGCACGUACUUACCAGCAAAGAGUUUUAUGACAUUGAGCAUUUACAUGUGCCAAAAAUUAGAUUUUGAAAUUUACUUGCGUUGCGUAAAAAAUUUAAGGUUAUGCUGUACGCUAUAGUGUAUUUAUGUUAUUUUAAAAGGUUAAACAAAACAACAACAAAUAAAAAUUUAUAAGUGAAUAAAUGGAUGAUACAGACAAAAGGCCGCAAUUCGGCAAUCGACUUUUAGAAAAUGUGGAUGAAGUGUUUAAACACAACGCUUGGGACAAUGUCCAAUGGGAUGCAGAGCAAGAAAAAGCAGCACAAGAGAAAGUUGGACAAAAUUCCCUUGUAACAUUUUCAGAAGAUAUAUUAAAAGAUUUGAAUGAGAAUGCAGAUAAGCACUGGGAUAACUUUUAUGAUAUACAUCAAAAUAGAUUUUUUAAGGACAGACAUUGGCUUUUCACAGAGUUUCCUGAAUUAGCACCAGACUAUACAUCAGCUCCUUGUAGAGUUUACCCUAAUGGUGGUACUAAUGAGAAAAAUAAAACAGAAGUACAUGGAAUUUCUACUGAGACUAAACGAUACAUCUUUGAACUAGGCUGUGGUGUUGGAAAUACAAUAUUUCCUAUUCUACAAUACAGUCAAGAUCCAAACUUAUUUAUAUAUGGGUGUGAUUUUUCAUCUAAAGCAAUUAGUAUUAUGAAAGAGAAUGAAUUAUAUGAUACAAAAAGAUGUGAAGUUUUUGUACUAGAUGCGACAAAAGCUGAAUGGGAAGUCCCAUUUAAAGAAAAUUCAAUAGAUAUAAUUGUAUUAAUAUUUGUACUGUCUGCGAUUGAUCCUACAAAGAUGACCAAUGUUGUUAAGAAUAUUUAUAAAUUCCUAAAACCUGGUGGUUUAGUGGUAUUCAGAGAUUAUGGUAAAUAUGAUCUGGCCCAGUUACGCUUCAAAAAAGGAAGGUGCAUUUCAGAUAAUUUUUAUGCUAGAGGGGAUAAAACCAUGGUAUAUUUCUUUACUCAGAUGGAAAUCGCUGAAUUGUUCAAAAAUUUUGGAUUUUUGGAAGAACAGAAUCUAAUAGAUAGAAGACUUCAAGUGAAUAGAGGUAAAAAGUUAACAAUGUAUAGAGUUUGGAUACAAGCAAAAUAUAGAAAACCAUUGUAGUUUUUUUAAUUUUUAAAUUAUUUUAAGCAUAAAAAUAAAAGCAAC